UACUGAAAAAAAUUCUCUUUGCUCCCUCCCUAGUAAACGAAAAGAGAGAGAAGGUUCAUUGAACAAAACAAGCCAGUACCAACGUACAAGAAACUCUCUCUCUCUCCCCACCGAUUUUCUUGUAAACGAAAAGACAAACCAGGGUUCGAGUUCCACCCCAGAUUUUAAUUUCCCCCAAUACCUCGAUUCCAUGUUGGCUGAAAGCAGGCAAAAACUUCCCAUUGAAUCUCCGGUCCAAGCUUUCAAUUCUGGGCCAUAAGAACAUUCAAAUUUGUCUCUCUGCAUUUGUUUCGUGAAUCCACGAUCCCUUGAGGUCUGUUGCGAGGGCAGCAGUUUGUGAAUAUAGAUAUGGCCGUGGCGUUUACCCAUCUCUCUCGGUGGAUGUGGGGCGGAAAGCGUCAAGAGCCUAAAACCUCUAAUGGGUCUUCUCUAAAUUCUUUAUCUGAUGCUGGUUUGUUGGAAUUGGAUACCGUGAAAUUUCCCUUGUUUAAUGGAGGGCAGAUAAGCUCCUCGUCUAGAAGAGUUAAGCAAAAAUGGAAAAGCCGGGAAGAAAGGAAAAUUGACAGAGAACAUGAUAUUGUGGUGCUACCAUUGGAUGGUGGUUGUGUUUCUGGGUCUGAAUCUGAUGAUUCGGAUUGGUCAAUUGGAUGGUUGGAGCCCCAUGGCUCAGAGUUCCAGAGUGAUGACGAUCCAGAUGAUAGUUUUGCCGUGUUGGUACCUUGCUAUGGUCGUGGGCGCAUGCAUAAGGAGGAAAAUUUUAAGCACAAUUUUCUAGACACCAUUGGAAAUGUCCCAGAUAUGUAUGCUGCGGAGAGCAAGAAGUACAUGGAACAAUGGCUUUCCUCUCUCCGGAACAGCUGACAUCUAUGAAUGCUCAUGCUUGCGCAUAAAUCUUCGCCAUGCUGCUUUUGCUUCCUUCAACUGGGAAAAAAAAAAUUAAAAAAUCAAAAUAUGGUUCAAGGAUAACGAAAAAAAAGAUGGAUUUAUUAUUGUAUUGCUAGUAGAUGAGGAUUCGCUUGUGUUGUUGGUGUUUGAGCUGAUAUUACUUAGUGAGAGGUGAAACAGCAGUGAAAAAGAGUGGUCUAAUGUGAAUUUUGUAAAAUAGAAAGAAUACAUUUUAAAAAGGAAAAAAAAAAGGAUAGGAAAAGAGAAAAAGAGAAAAGAACAAAGAAACUGUGAUGCAUUGUGUGCUUGCUUAUUCUUUGAUGAAUAUAUGACUGUUAAAUAUCUUAUGAUUGCUGUAAAUAGAAGUGAAAAUAAACAGAAAAUAUAUUGCUGUAAAUAUUUGGACUC